AUGACUUCACGCGGAGGGCUGGAUUUCCAGGCUGAACCGCAACUUGCGCUGCGCGUUAUUAUUAUUCAUCUGAGGGUGCUGCCGCCACAACCUUUGCCUUCUGCGCUCCUGUCCUUCCCCCGGGCCGUCGCCGCCAACAGUGCAGUCCCCUCCUGCCCGCAAGCUCUGGUCACCAAAGGGAGAUUCAGAAUUUUUUUUUAUCACGCUCAUGAUCAUCAUCGUGAUGCUCCUUAUCGUGGUUAUUAUUUCCUCCUGCCAGAUUUACUGCCUUCCGUUGGGCUGGCUGGCCGAAACGCUGCGGACUGCGACCAGUCUCUUAAAGAGAGCAAAAAAAAGGGAAAGACCUUGUAUGGACACCGGGACAAAGCACUUUGGGGUCGGCGAGAAGGGACGCACCGGAGCGCCGCUCCGGAACUCGAGUCAUCGCCGGUGCCAAAGGCCUGCCCGGCGUGCGGACCGCUGAGGGUAUUCAGAAUGACUUUUGUUUAUCCUUUUUGCGAGAGGACUGCAGCAGGCGAGUUCCGGAAGGCUGAGUCCCCCAAUCCCGGCCGUGGACCUCUGCAGCUCGCCCUGCGGCACGCCCGACCAGGCUGCGCCUGCCCUCGGCCAGCUAGAUGCCCUGGAAACCCAUCCUGCUUUACUUCCUUACCGUCUGGAGCUGACGCAAUUGGGGGCCGGUAGCCUUAUAAAAAGAGUGUUCUUUUGCUUCAUUUUAUUCAUGUGCUCUGAGUUUAUUGAUACACAGAAGCAAGCACUUCUCAUUCCUGGUGCUCUGGAAACAGGAAAACAAAAGUCAAAAUCAUAAAGAGAGCAGGAAGAUC